ACGUCGGUCGAGCUCCCUGUGCCUGCCUGUACACUUGCCCAACCAUAACCCUUACCACAUUCAUCACAGUACCGACGUGACCCGCGCAUCCAUCCCACUCAUCCGCGGUCCUUGUUCCAAUCUUCCAUCUUUCAAGACUUUUACGACUGGGGCUUUUUUCUUUUCUCUUGAUUGAUCUUUCUUCAAUUGUUCAUUCUUCGAAACGCCUCGGCGGCUACUUUUUUCCUUUCUCGCUCCAAUCGAAGCCUAUUAAUUGCGUGCAGUGGGCUUUUUGACCACUGAUCCACCCCGCCGUUCCUCGUGCUUUGCAACCAACCGACGACUGCCGCCGACCGCCGGACUCCGCCAUUUCGACUUCGAGUUCGAAACAUUCACUCUUGCCAUAGACGAGACCUCACUUUGACCUCGACGACCUACGCGCUAAUCCGCUUCGUUUUCCCCCGUCUCGCUCGAACAACAACCUUGACGACGCAGGAUUAAUCGCUCCCCGGCCCGAGUCGACGCUUCGACAGCGAGGACAUCGGUGUCCGCCAUCCCACGUGCCCGGUGGCUUUUACUCCGCCGAAUGCGCUGGCGAUGGCAUAUGCGCCCCUCUUGAGAACCAACACGACGCCAAUAUUUUCCUCCUCGACCGGCGGCGUCGCUAGACUCCAAAGCACAAUGGGCAGCACUGGGCCUGCCAUGGGCAUCCCGCCCCUCAGGGCGAGUCAGCUGUCUGGAACGACGCUUCACAACUCUACGACUUCUCUCUCCAGCUUGGCAAGCGCCUCGACUAUUGUCCCAGCAUCUAACGGCGGCCAGGUUGUUGCUACAAGUAACAUCAUCAAUCAGAAAGCCGACGCCUCUAGGUCUCUGUACCAGAUAUGCAUGUCAUUGAAGCAGAGACUCGCUCAGGUACCGGGCUUCGACGAAUACAUGGGUCUCAUGGAUCAGUGGGAGGCGGAAGAUCCUGAAGGGGGAAUCGUCGAGUCUGUGUGGAAACUGCUCCGCAUGGGUACGCCUCUGAUUGUGAUUUUUAAUCUUCUCAAGCCCGAGAACCCGAUGAGCUUCGACCCGACGCCUGACGCGAAGAAGGCCAAGAUGUAUAUCUAUAAAUUUGCGGAACAAUGCAAGAAUGAGCUUGGCAUCGAGGAUAUAUUCACCAUUAGUGAUCUCCUCAAGAACGAUACCACAGGCUUUGUAAAGGUUACAACGGUUGUGAACCAGGUUUUAGACAUUGCGCAAAGUCGCGGAAUGUUAAUACAACAACAGCCAUACCCGGAGGACGAUACGCCUGACAGCGGCAAAUCGAAGAUGAGCUACCGCGACUACAUCGUUCGAGAGCUAGUCGACACAGAGCGCAAAUACGUUCAGGACCUGGAGAAUCUGCACGACCUGAAGAAGGCAUUGACGGAGAGAGGAAUCGUGACGGGCGAUGUCGCUUACCAGAUCUUUGGAAACAUUGACGCCAUUCUAGACUUUCAACGCCGCUUCCUAAUCCGCGUGGAGACCACCAACUCGAUGCCGUGUGAGGUGCAGCAGUGGGGAAGCCCCUUUGUAGCUAUGGAGGCCAGCUUCGACCCCAUCUACACACCGUUUAUAGCGAACCAACGGAAGGCUGCGUUAAUCGCGCAGUCGGAGUUUGACAAGAUCAAGAGCAUUGAACACCCGGUUGCUUGCGACUUCAAUACCCUGGACGGCUUUUUGUUAAAACCAAUGCAAAGGCUGGUCAAAUAUCCUUUGCUACUCAAAGAUCUUUUGAAAAAGAGUGAAGACGACAAGGUUAAGGAAGAUCUUGCCCUAGGUAUUGCAGCUGCAGAGAGAACGCUACAGAAAGCCAACGAGGCCGUGGACCGCGAUCUUCUGGAUGAUGCCCUCGAAGAUCUCAAAACAAGAGUGGACGACUGGAAGAACCAUCAGGUUGACCAGUUUGGCUCUCUGUUGCUACAUGGAGUACAUACAGUUCUCACCGGGAAGAGCGAAUCCGAGAGGGAUUAUGAAAUAUACCUUUUUGAAUGCAUCUUACUCUGCUGCAAGGAGAUAUCCUCGAACAAGAGCAAAGACAAAAAGGACAAAACAAGGUCGACGGGACCCAAGAUCCGGAACAAGGGUGCGAAGCUGCAGCUCAAGGGGCGCAUCUUUAUGACCAAUGUCACCGAAGUCCUUUCGUUUGCCAAGCCUGGUUCAUACACGGUUCAAAUCUGGUGGAAAGGUGAUCCAGGAGUAGAAAACUUCAUCAUCAAAUUUCAGAACGAAGAGAUGAUGAAGAAGUGGGCAGCAGGCUUAGACCAACAAAGAAAGGCCAGUGGCUCCCAGUCGGCGACAAGUCCUGACCAACCUACUGCCGAGUUUGCAUGGAUGCGUUCACAGUCAGUGGUCGAGAAUCCAUACGCGCAGACACAACCGGAGGAAGAGGAGGAAUACGAGUUUGGGGCGAUUCCGCAGCAACCGCAGCAGUUCCAGGCUAUGGCAGGAACCAUGCCGCGCAUGAACUCCACCGCCAGCAUACGGGGACGAUCACAAACGGGCGAGAGUUCACAGUCCAUAGCGAGUAUAGUUCGGGCGCCGCCACCUCGCUUCCCUCUCCCUCAGCCACCACAACCCCUCAGCGUACAGACCCAACUCCAAGGCGGUAAUUCACCCGGGUUUCGCCCUGGCGAUUCAUACUUUUCUCCGGUCGGCGAGUCGCCUGUGUCUUCCCGAACGAGCACCGCCUCGAACGUGUUUCCAGGCAGUGCAGGUUACGGUUCCUUCAAAGGAGUAACUGGGCAGCCCUACCCAGGAAUGUGGGAUGGUCCCAUGGUCGACCAGAACAGGUACACGGCACCUGCGAUGCCACGCGCACCAUCAAGAGAUGGUCCUUCACCUGUAAAUGCAUAUGGUAUGUCAGGUGCCAACGGCAGAAACCCUCGCGGACCCAGUAUGCCCGUAAUGGCGUCCCACAGUGCUCAGGGGGCAUCACAACAGAGCCGGAGUCGGAGUUACAGCACUCCCGACAUCCAAGGUCAAGGACCACCGGGAAUGCGUCGGACACCUGGGGGUAGCCAAAGCAAUGUGCCUGCAGUGCCCGGAAUUCCAGCUCAUCUCCAUGCUGCGCACGAAAGACACGAUUCCAACAUCCCGAGGAGUAACACUGGUAGCCCGGCCCUUAGCCUCCGCAACGAUUUGCCGAUGAGGUCAAAUACGCAGAGCCCGGGUGUUCAAAGAGACAGGUUGAUGCAGCAAGGUGGUGGAUACUCUGGAGGAACCAUGGCGCAGUUUCCAAUGCAGCCAGUCUAUUCGAGAGGUGGUACGCCCAACCCACCAGGCUCUGGUCAUACUCCGGCCCCCCUCAACCUUUCGGGCGACAUGGGGCGGACAGUCAGCCCUCCACUCGGCACUGGGACACCACAGCCACCACACACGGCUGGACUCCUGUCACCUGACCAGGGCGGUGGGAUGAUGCCAACGCAGCUCAAGGUCAAGGUCAAUUAUGAUACCAGCAACUACAUGACGCUCGUGGCGGCGUAUAACAUAACAUAUCGUAGCUUGGUAGACCGGAUCGAUGCCAAGCUGGCUCGAUUUACGAACAGCAGCAUUUCGAGGGGCAACCUUCGACUACGAUACCGCGACGAAGAGGGCGACUUUGUCAGCAUUGUCUGUGACGAGGAUGUGCAGAUGGCUUUCACUGACGGGCGAAACGGGGAUCGCGAUAUAUACAACGGCGGAGUGGGCGAGGUCGAACUGUUUUGUGUUGGCAUAGGCGGCGAGUAGGAGUCGCUUUCAAGUCUUCCGCCAAAAUGACGACGCGGACGACAUGAAUUCGGCUUAUCACCAAAGGCAACAGCAACCUAAGGUUACUGGACGUUUGUGAUGUUCAGCUUCCAAUGGUCCAAAAAGACAGGUCGGUACCGAGUUGUCUAUUCACGACCGGAAGACGAUCCUCGCUACCAUGCAUCGGGAAGCAUUCUUUCAUACUUUACUUUCUUUCCCUUGAGUCAACCUACUUGAUCUUGUUUCGGCAUGCAUGCAACAUUGAGACGGCGUCGGAUUGUCUUUUUCACUGUGUUGGUUGCGGUCAAUAUUUUCUUGUUGUUUCUGUUCCUGUUCUCUCCUAUACUACUUUUACUCCAAUUCAUAGAAGUAUAAUAGGGAGGUCCCUUCCUGGAAGAUACCAGCGCGUCCAAACACGUCGCAAAACCUCUUUUGUGGUCACCGAUUUUCUUUUUUUUCUUUUUUUAUUCCUCACAGAUACCACCCUCUUUACUUUCCUUUCUUGUUUCCAUUUUAUGUCCUUGUUUCUUUUUUUUUUUUUUUUUUGAAAUAUGCAAAGCUUUGCUGCCUUGUUCAGGA